AUGACGAGAACGGUGCACGCUGUGGACCUCUAUGACGUCCUGUCUUUGCCGUUCACGGGGUCUUCGUCAACGGUCCUCUCCAAGCAGCAGAUUAAGAUCGCAUACCAUAAAGCAUUGCUGAAACACCACCCUGACAAGGCUGGUGCUGUCGCAAGGGAAACAGCGCUAAAUCGCUCGACUGACUCUACGUCCAUAUCUACUCCGAACCCUCUCUUUGCCAAAUCUGAUGGCAACUCGUCACAACAACUGUAUACCAUCGACCAGAUCACCACCGCCUACAAGACCCUAUCGGACCCCGUCCUCAGCGCCGAAUAUAAUCGAUCUCUGCGUCUGGAUAGGCUGAAGGUCGCGGACCGAGAGAAGACUGGCGAUGUGUUCCAUACCGGCUUGGAGAUUGUGGAUUUGGAGGAUCUUGCGUGCGAGGAGGCGGAAGGCGGCAACGGCGACUGCUGGUAUCGUGGAUGUCGGUGCGGUGAUGAGCGUGGGUUUUUGGUCAAUGAGGAGGACUUGGAGAGGGAGGCUGAGCAUGGCGAAAUCAUUAUCGGCUGUCGCGGGUGCAGUCUCUGGCUGAAGAUUCUGUUUGCCGUUGAGGCAGAUGAAGGAUGA